CUGUCUAAUUUUUCAUGUAGUAAAAUGUAUGGGUAUUUCUUCCACAGAUCUUUGAGAUGAUUGUCUUCUCUAGUGUAGCUUACAUUUCAAUUCUUUCUUAUGCUAUUUCUUCUUCUUUCGGGUUUGUUUGUUCCAUAUUUUAAGUCCGGCUUCGUGAUUUUGCUUCCCUAUUUCAUAUCUCUCACAGUUGGGGAAACUCUGGAUACCCACUAAGAUGGAUAGAUUACAAUGGGGAAAUAGGAAGAGGCUUAGAUGUGUUAAACUCAAAGCUGCUGCUGCCGACCAGACUAGUACUUCAUCUCCAUCCCCAUCCUCCUUUCUUGAUUCUCCCGGCCAUGGACAUGGAGAUGGAGAUGGACUCGGUGUUGUUUUCUUGAAGAACAAAAUCACUUCCCGUUUUGCUCACACUAAUUCUAAUUAUAAUGCUUCUCUUCCCCCACUUCCUUCUCCCAAUCGAAUCCACAGGGAUUUAGUGGCGGGUCGUCAAAAAGCGACAUUAGCAUUAUCCCCAGAUAAAGAAGAUCGGUAUUACACUACGAGGGGUUCAUCAUCAGUUGUUGGUUUUGAUGAUCGUAGCAAAGUGUUUUUUGGUGGGGACGCAAAGGACGACAAGAAAAGGCUUGUAUGGCCUAAACUAGUAAUUGCUCUAUCAAUUGUUUAUCAGGUUGAAGCUCAUACUUUCCGGUUUGAACUUGUUAAAAUUUGGCAUUGA